AUUAAUUCAUGGAUAAUUUAAAAAAGGCACAAAAGCUCAUAAAAUUCGGAUAAAUAACAAAAGACGACAUUGUGAUUGGUAAAGAUGAAGUUGAUAGAAAAUUUUUGACUCCAUGUGGUCCUGUGUAUACAGAGUUUCAUGAUUGCUUGAAAUUAAACUAUGGAGAUGUUAUCAUCUGUGAUAAAUUUAGAGAGAAGAUGAUCGAAUGUGAAGUAAGUCAAGGAUUUUUCAAAUAUGAUGUUGCUGACAUAAGAAAAAGAAGAUAAAAACUCCAUGGAAGCGAGGCUUGAUUUAUUAAUUAUUAUAGAAGCAUCACAGCUCAUCAUUAUUAUUAUUUGUAUAUAUAUAUACAGUUUU